AUGAUGAACCGCGGCGGCGCCGGCCAGUUCCCUCCACCACCGUCUCCACCACCACCUCCACCACCGCAGGAGUUCGACAUCGACCCAGAAGCUGCGGAGAAUGAAGCGUGGGAGAAGGCGGCUCUGGCGGACACCAUAGCGGUGUUCGACGCCGCCACGACGGAAGAGGCGCGGCGGCGCCGGGUGGAGGAGAUGGGCGAGCGGUGGCAUGCAGAGCAGGAGAGCCUGCCACACCACGUCCGCGCUGCUUGCCGGCCGGCCUGGCCCACCCCCUCGCCGGCCGCCCCGCCGGCCGCCCCGUCCCGCCGGCCGCCCGCCCGCCUGCCCCGCCCGCGCUCGCCCGCCCCUGCCCCUUGUGGCCGCCCGCGCAUCUGCUCCGCCCCGCCGGCCAGCACGCGCGCUGCCACGCCCGGCCCCCUCGCCGGCCGCACCGCUGCCCCGCCCCCUCGCCGGCCGAGCCGGUGCCCCGUCCCCUCGCUGGCCGAGCCGUUGCUCCGCCUCACCUACGCGCCGACGGCGCUGCUUCGCCUCGCCUGCGAGCACGCGCUGCUCCGCCUCGACCUCUCCCAGCGCGGUGGCCGGCUCCACCCUCUCCAUUUCCGUGUCCAAUUUUGGCCGGAAUCCGACGACUCCGGCGAAUUUCGGCUGACUCCGGCGCCUUCCGUCGCCGUCCUGGCCUCCGACCGCCGUCGCCCCCUCCCCUGGCCUCCCCUGGACGCCGCUCGCCGCCCGCUCGCUGCCCCUGAACGCCGCCCGCCGCAGAGCGAGCUGAAGGCUGCCGCACGCUACAGCGCCUCCGCUGCAGCCGACAGCUCUUCAGGGCUGCAGCUCUUCCGCUGGAAGCCGGCCGGCCGCCUCACACCACCAAUCUGCAGAUCGAGCUCAAGGAGGCUCCCAAGUGGGGGAGGCGGCGGGAGCGUCGGCCGCGUCGUCCAGGGUAUGGUUGAACAUGGGGGCGGGGUAUGCUCGGCGGCAGAUGGAUGGGCAGGGGUAGGUGGCGGCGUAGCGCGGGCGGCGAGUGGCGACUGUCUCGGCCGGAUUUCGAGGGCGGCGGAGCACGGGAAACGGAUGGCGACUCUAUCGGCCGGAUUUCGCGGGUGGAGGAGCGCCGGCGGUGCAGUGUUGGGAUGA